GAGUCGAGAUUCCAUGGGGCUUUGGUGCGCGCUUCAUAUCCUCCUCUGCAUUGGCUUCCUGCUGAAUGAAUGCGUAGGCCUGGUCCUGUUUCCUUGCAGAGCCACGCUACGCUUGGAUAUGUCGGCGGCGGCAUCGUCAUCCGUCAGGGAUGCUGAUAGCGUACGUGUUCAAGUUGUCAGCGAUUUCGCGUGCCCCUGGUGCUAUGUGGGAAAGGCACGCCUCGGCGCCGCGAUCGAGGCCUUCGAACGAUCGUCCACCUCAGACGGCAAGGGAAGGGCGCGGGUACAGGUCUCCUUCAGUCCCUACAUGAUCGAUCCUCGCACGCAGCCGGGCGGCGAGGAAUACCUGGUGUACAACAAGCGGCGGUGGGGAGGGGACGGCUGGACGGCUUCCUUGAAGAGAUCUUCCAAGAAAGACGGGUGCGAUUUUGCAAAAUGGGAGACUUGGCCCAACUCCCUCCUCGCGCACAGGCUGCAGAAGUUCGCCGAUAGCGCUGGGAAAGGUGACCAGGUGAACAGCCUGGUGUUUCAGACGAUCUACGAACGAGGGGGAAACGCCUCUGAUCUCGAAACCCUGGUGUCUCUGGCCGCGGAGGCCGGUCUAUCCCCCGCGGAAGCUAGCGCCUACCUCUCCUCGCGGGAGGGAGAGGAAGACGUCCUCCAAGAUGAUCACACGGCCAAGACCGAGCUCGGCGUCACCGGAGUUCCAUGUUUCAUAGUCCGGGGAACCGGGGGGCGGGAGUCUGGGAGCGGGACUCCUGACGACGCCGUUGGUGGUGGCAGUGUGGGCGGUGCUGGACAAUCAGAAAUCGUUCUGAAUGGAGCCGUUGCGCCCGACAAGCUGUUGCGGGCCUUUGAGUCUGUUCGUCGGCUGGGAUAA